CAUGACCGAAGCGUGCAGGGUGGAUUUGAGCGCUUUUUCAAAUUUGCCCCAACCUCCUCACCCCAACUCUCCAACAUCAUAAACUCCUCUUGCUUUGAACUCUCCGCUCACAGUUUCCUCUCAUCCCCAUCAAUGGCUGCCACCUCCAAUUCGCUCAUCUCCUUCACCAAUUCUCCAUCUCUGAACAAACCCAGAUGCUUCCUUCCUCCACCAGCCUCUGUUUCCUUCUUCAGAUCUCCUUCUCUCUCUUUUCCUUCCAAUAAGCUUCCCACUGUCCGCUGCUCUCUCAAUGCCGACGUCCACGCCGAUCCCAUUGAAGGGAAACUAGAUGUUCCCAUUGAAAAGAGGUUUCCUGCUUUUCCUACUGUCAUGGAUAUCAAUGAGAUUCGCAAUAUCUUGCCCCACAGGUUCCCGUUUCUUUUAGUGGAUAGAGUGAUUGAAUACAAUCCUGGGGUUUCGGCGGUUGCUAUAAAGAAUGUUACCAUUAAUGAUAACUUUUUUCCUGGGCACUUCCCCGAAAGACCCAUCAUGCCCGGUGUUCUCAUGGUUGAGGCAAUGGCUCAAGUAGGUGGUCUGGUUAUGCUGCAACCAGAAGUAGGAGGCUCUCGCGACAAUUUCUUCUUCGCUGGAAUUGACAAAGUAAGGUUCCGCAAACCCGUGAUCGCGGGGGACACAUUGGUCAUGCGAAUGACUCUUGUUAAGUUGCAGAAGAAGUUUGGAAUUGCGAAAAUGGAAGGGAAGGCAUACGUCGGAGGCGAAGUCGUGUGUGAAGGAGAGUUCUUGAUGGCCAUGGGCAAGGAAGAAUGACCAUUUUUCCCGACUACCUCGGUUCGGUAUGUACCAAUGCUUGUAGUUUCGAUUUGGUUCUUGAGAUGAGAAUUUGAGAGUUCGGAUUGUUCCCUUGAAGGGAUAUAACUGUGUGAGAUCCCAUUGAAAAGCUAUAACAUUAUGGACUUCUUCAAAUCUAUUGUUUCAAACUUUAUCCUAAAA